AUGAGUGCAACCAAGUUAAGAGGAGCUACACCUUCCAUCUUCCCCUACGCUCUUCGCAGUCAAGUCUCCCAGACCAACCGGCCCCCAACAGCCACCUGCAAGUUCAACAAGAUGACCAGCUCCGAGAUAUUCAGCAGAACCAGCUGCAACAUCAACAACAAAAUCACCAGAACACCCCAAUCCAGACCUCCAGGAAGAAGACCCAGAACAACUCCCAUUGAACCAGAAUCAUCACUGACAACAAGGGCUCUCAAAACUCUGAUGGAAGACGUCUAUGAUCUGAAACAGAGGUAUGAGCAGUCCAGAUUUGUGUCUAAGACCCCGUUCCACCAGCCACUGCAGCUACAGCCUUGGACCCAGCAGCAACUCCAGUCUUGGACCCAGCAGCAACCCCAGCCAUGGACCCAGCAGCAACCCCAGUAUGGACCUAUGCAGCAACCUCAUUCCUGGCAGCAGCCCCAGCAGUCCUACCCCCAGCAACCUCAGCAACAGAUGUUCCACACUCAUCUGCAGAACCAAAUAAUGCCUCAGCAAAGCAGUCGGCAGAACUGGACACCUCGACAUGGGCAGUCCCAGAACAACUUUAGAGGACAGCAAAGAAACUGUAACGGAUGUGGAGUACUUGCAUACCCAAAGUUAAAUGAACAGUUCAUACUCACCACGGCUGCUUCAUCUGAAGCAAUUGGCUUCAUACUUGGUCAGCUUGGUGAUGCUGGGAGAGAACAGGUUAUUUCAUAUGGAGGCAGAUCGCUUCAUCCUUUUUAA